CGGUCAUCAGCAUUUUGGUCUGGAAAAUGAAUGCAAGUGGCACAUUUUCCGCUGAUCGCUGCAUCUCUACAUGGCAUAUAAAUAGACGGGCAUGAGCACCAUGACAGAAACACGUCCCAGCUCCUCGCACAUCACACGGUGAAGCCAGCAUGGAAGCCGCCAUCUUGACUUUGGUCCGCCAGUUCAAGGAGUACGCGGGCCACGACGGGUCUGCCAGCACGCUGAGCCGCGACGAGUUCCACCAACUGGUCGCCUCGCAGCUGCCCAACUUUGUCAAGACUGGUGAGCCGGGCGCGGUGGACCACCUCAUGUCGUCUCUGGACCAGAACGCCGACGGCGAGCUGACCUUCUGCGAGUUCUGGCAGUUGAUCGGGAAGCUGGCCGGCAAGCAGGGCGGCUACGCCGCUUAGAACGCCGCCGCCUCGCCUGUGCUUUUUUUCCUGGUUAACCAUUGGCCCCGGAUUAAAGGCUUUAUUGUUUCCC